AUGGAGCCCCUUGGGCCGAGCACCAAGACCUUGACUCUUUUUUGUUUCUCCUUGUUUUUUUCCAAGGUGGCAGGCAUGAAGUCACCACUAUUGUCCAGCCACAUUUAUUUUAAGCUGAUGUGGCCUGAGCGUGGAAAGCACAAGCAAAAGAAAAAGCCGGGAGAAUUGCCAUUGACGAUCGCGCCUGUCGGUCUGCCGGCCACACCCACACGCAGCCCUCGUGUACAGUGCCCUUUGCUGGACCUGGAGGGAGGUCAACAAGGAAAAGAAAGAUCUCUUCCCUCGGAAGCUACGGUAUGA